AUGACAAGCCCAGGUAUUGGGGAAGGGGUGAAGGAUGGGGUCGGUAGGAGGGGUAGGAACAGAGGAGGGGUCUGGCUGUGUGUGACUGUCGUGCCUGUGGUUUCAGGUAAAUCUCAUCUGGCCAUCGUACAGAAGGUGAACAGCGAGGGUGAGGGAGACCCCUUCUAUGAGGUGUUGGGGUUGGUCACUCUCGAGGACGUCAUUGAGGAGAUCAUCAAAUCAGAGAUCCUGGACGAGUCAGACAUGUUCACCGAUAACAGGAGUAAAAAGAAAGUGUCCCAACACGGGAGGAAGAGAGACUUCUCGGCCUUCAAACCCUCUGACAGCGAAACCAAAGUCAAGAUCUCCCCCCAGCUACUGCUGGCCGCCCAUCGCUUCCUGUCCACCGAGAUCAGCCACUUCUCGCCAUCUCAGAUGUCAGAAAAGAUACUGCUGCGUCUCCUCAAACACCCCGAAGUCAUCCAUGAGAUUAAGUUUGACGAGAGCAACAAGCGAGCCCCCGAGCACUACCUGUACACACGCAGCAAACCCGUCGACUACUUUGCCCUCAUUUUGCAGGGAAAGGUGGAGGUGGAGGCCGGAAGAGAAGACAUGAAGUUUGAAACGGGUCCUUUCUCCUUUUAUGGGACCAUGGCUCUCACCACCUUUCUGGACACUCGCUCGAUAUCGCACGUCAGUGGUUUGAAUCGCUCGAUCUCGGUGUCCCACCCCGAUCACUCGGAUUCCCUCUCGACCGUCGGUAGCAGCAUCUCCCAGAUCAACCCUGCCGUUGUCUACGUCCCAGACUUCUCCGUCAGAGCACUGAGCGACCUGCAGUUUGUCAAGGUGACCCGGCAGCAAUAUCAAAACGGUUUGAAGGCGUCUAAACUGGACAGCACUCCUCAGUCCCCAGAGAGCUUGCACCUCAAGAUCAACCCCACGGUGACGGACAAAGCAGACAGUGUCCCAGAUGAGACCACAAACCUCCUAAACGAGCAGAACGCUUUGAACCGUAAACUCAAUCACACUGCAGGGGAGAACAGAAUAUGACGGGGGAACCUCACCCCCACCCUGACAACAGCUGCUGUGUUGGGCAUUGAAAGGCGUCUGGGAAACACCCCCCCCCCCCCCCACCACCCCUUUUGAACGGGGGAAAGGGGAUCGUGUUUAAUGACGGAACAAGAAACACAGACAAA